AGAGUGUGGUAGAGGGAGAGGGAGAGUGUGGUAGAGGGGGGAAAGUAAAGAUAGAGGUAAUAAGGGAAUAGGGAGAGAAAUAGUGGGAGAUAGAGUGGGGUAUUGAUAGAUGGGGAGAGAGUGGGUAUAGGAAGAGAAUACAGUAUAGGGAAAGAAUAGGGUACACGGAUAAAUUAGGGAGUAAGAGGUGGAGAAUAAGGUGAGAGAGUGGGGUAUAGAGAUAAAUUGUGGGGUACAUGGAGAUAGAGAGGGGCAUAGGGGGAAAGUGAGGGAGUGGGAGAGGAGAGCAGGGCAUAGAGUGGUGUAUGGGAACAUAGUGUGGGGUCUUGGGAGAGGGGUUUAUAGAUAUACAUAUAUAGUGAGAGGGUAGAGGGUAUAUAUAGUGUGGGGUAUAGAGGCGAGAGGGAGAAAAGUAGAGAUAGAGGGAGAGAGGCUACAGGGAGAGCGGGAGAGAGAUAUGGGGAGAUAGAGAGGGGUAUUGAUAGAGGAGAGAGAGUGAGGUAUCAGAAGACUACCGUAUAGGGAAAGAGAAGGGUACACAGAAAUAGGGUUUAGGGUGAGUGGAAAAUAAGGGAAGAUAAAGAGUGGGGUGUAGGGAGAGAGUGGGGUAUUGGGAGAGAGGUAUAUUAGUAUAGAGAGAGAAAGGGUGAUAGACUAGAGAAAGGGAGAGGAUAAAGAAAGUGAGAGCCGGACUGAGAGGAAAGAGUGGGACAGGAAGAGAGAGUGGGACAUAGAGUGGCGACAAAGAUAGAUUAACAGAUAAAGAGAGGGAGGGUAGGACAGAGCAGGAGAGAGGGACAUAGAGAAAGUGGGAGAUAGAGGAUAGGUUGGGAGCUGUGGGAUAAGGAAGGGUAAAACUGUGUGUGAGUGAGAUAGCAGGAGAAAUUGGGACACGCUCGGAGGAGAGAAAUAAAUCAGGAGAGGGAGUAAAGGAGAUGCGCAUAAACUGAAACAAAUAGGGAUAUUGGGGAAGUCCAGAAUAAACUGGGAUAGAGAGAAAGACUGGAGGAAAUAGAGAGACAGGCCAGAGACAGAUAAACUAGGCGAGGUCAAAGCAGGUCUGAGCUGCAAAUAUGAUCCCCCCAAUCGACUCUCUGUUGAAAUACGAUCAUCCACUACUUGUCAGCAGGAACACGGAGAAAAAGUCAGCCAAGGCACGUGCAUUGAAGGUGAGUCCCCAGCAACCCAUAUCUACAUCACCUAUUCCAAGUCCUCCAAAGCCCAAAGCGACUGCAGUGGAUGUCACCAAGCAGACUGAGGAGAUUUUAAAUGCAAUUUUACCACCCAGAGAAUGGACAGAGAACUCGCAGAUGUGGAUUCAGCAGGUGUCGAGCACUCCCUGUACUCGCAUCGAUGUGGUCCAUCUGCAGGAGCAACUGGACAUCAAGCUGCAGCAGCGGCAAGCCCGAGAGACGGGGAUAUGCCCAGUCCGCAGGGAGCUGUACUCACAGUGCUUUGAUGAACUGAUCAGACAGGUGACCAUCAACUGUGCUGAGCGUGGUCUGUUGCUGCUGCGGGUCCGUGAUGAGAUUCGUAUGACCAUUGCUGCCUACCAGACCCUGUAUGAAAGCAGCGUUGCCUUUGGGAUGAGGAAAGCUCUGCAAGCAGAAGAGGGCAAAACUGACAUGGAGAAAAGAAUCGUGGAUUUGGAAACAGAAAAGAAAGACCUGGAGAGACAACUGAAUGAACAGAAAGCCAAGUGUGAAGCAAUAGAGAAAAGAGAGAAUGAAAGACGACAAGUGGAGGAGAAGAAGCAUGCAGAGGAAAUUCAGUUCCUCAAACGAACCAAUCAACAGCUUAAGGCACAACUGGACGGCAUAAUUUCUCCAAGGAAAUGAAAUCAUCUCUGCAAAAACAAUCUUUCGAGCAGACUUUUCAUACACAAUACUACUGUGAUAUCAACAGUGUACAAUCUCCUCACACGCAAAGGUUGGUGUUUAUGGGAAAGAAUCUUAAUGAUAUGAAGGCUUUUUGUCAGAAUUGGGCCAAGAUACACUGCAUCUGUAAAUGCAUUGUUUCAAGUAGCUACAAUAUAUCACUUGUUUCAACAUUAAUUAUGACCUCCAUUAAUCUCACUCUGCUGGCAGAUCCAUGGAAAUCUCUUGACCAUAGUCCUGGCAAUGUUUAAAUGUCACCAUAUUUACCACAGUACCUGAAACAGCACUAAUAUCGGAUUACUCAAUACAAUACACCAGGAAUGAAAUUACACAGCAAUAAUUCCACAAGUGUUAAUUAAAACAAAUCCACUCAAAAGGUAUUCUUUUCAAAAUUAUUAAGUAGAUUUCAAGUUUGUUUCAGUCCUCAUUCUCAGUAAAUCUUUAAAACAUGCAAAUGUGAUUAGCGUAAUUAAUAUUCGCUCAAAAAGUUGCAAAGUAGUACACUUUUUUUUCCAAAAUGUGAGAAUACUGAUUUCAUUUCAGCAGUAUUUUAUUUAUUUGAUCCUUAGUGUUUUGUAAGAUUUUAUGAUAUCUAAUAUAUUCUUGGGGACAUUUAUCUACAAGUAAUCUCACAGAGAUACCAGUCAACUGUAACUAUUGAUCUCAACUCACCUUAGCAAUUUGUAUAAAACAGGUUAACAAAGAAAAACCUAAAAUACACAACCAUUGUAUUGAACGGGAUACUGAUUAGAAUAGAAUUUCUUUGGCAUUUUCAAGCGAGUAAAAAUAGCAAACCACUCAUCCCUUUUGACUCCUUUAGGCAUUGAGAUUCUGUUCCAUAUCUUAUCUUUUCUUAUAACAAAAUCACACUAUUUUCAUAACAGGAUAAUUUUUUGUCAUUGUACCAACUGCUAUAAAUUUUAGAAUAAUGUACCUAUUCUUGUUUCUUUAAAUAAAUUUCUUAAACUUG